CCCAGCCCCGGCCGCGGCCGCCGGGGCCCGGCCCAGCUCCGCGGGGCCAUGGCCGAGUGGGCGCCCGCCCAGGUGCAGGAGUGGAACAUGGAGGCCCCUCACCUGAUGCCGCUGCAGCCGCCGCUGCUGCCGGAGCGCGCGCACGUGCGGGAGGCGCAGCUCCACUCCGCAGAGGCCUCGCUCUGGACCGUGGUGGCCACGGUGCAGGCCAUGGAGAGGAAGAUCGACCUCCUGGCCACCCGCCUGCUCAGCCUGGAGGGCCGCUCUGGCACGGCCGAGAAGAAGCUGCUGGACUGUGAAAAGACAGCCAUGGAAUUUGGGAACCAGCUGGAGAGCAAGUGGGCCGUGCUGGGCACCCUCAUCCAGGAGUACGGGCUGCUCCAGCGGCGCCUGGAGAACGUGGAGAACCUCCUGAAGAACAGGAACUUCUGGGUGCUGCGGCUGCCCCCCGGCCCCCGGGGCGAGGUCCCCAAGGUGCCGGUGACAUUUGUUGACAUCGCCGUCUACUUCUCAGCGGAGGAGUGGAAGAACCUGGAGGAGUGGCAGAAAGAGCUGUACAACAACCUGGUGAAGGAGAACUACGAGGCUUUGCUGUCCUUGGAUGGGGCCAUCUCCAGAAGCGAGGCCCAGCCCCGCAGCGAGCGCGGGGACGGGCCCUGUGUCCCUGAGCAGCGGGAGCUGGAGCAGAGGGAGCUGCCACCGGACACCUGCGCGGAGUCGCUGAUCUCCACCUCCGACAUCCUGUCCCGGAUCAAGCAGGAGGUGGCCUUUGUGGGGGAGCAGCAGUUCCCGGAGGAGCGGGGGAUGCCACCAGACCCCUGUGCAGGUGCAGACGCCCUGAUCACCGCGCACGACUUCUUGUCGUGGAUCAAGCAGGAGGAAGAGCCCUGCGUCCGGGAGCCCUGGGAGCUGCCCGAGAGGGAGAUGCUGCCCCCGGGCCCUGGUCCCGCCAGCGAGGGGCUGCUGGUGAAGACGGAGGAGCGAUGCCCCCACUCCGAGCCCCCCGAGGAGGUGGGUUUGCCGGGCAGCUCCGGGGAGCUGCUCUUCCCCGGUACGGGCUUCGGGACCCCCGAGGGACAGGCGGCGGUACCGGCGGCGGUGGCUCUACCGGCGCAGCACAGACUGGGCAAAGCUCCGGGCUCCGAACCGGGCCCGGGGGCCGAUACCGGGGGAGUCCCCGCGGCGGCGGCGGCGGGUCCCACCGAGGAACGGCCGCACGGCUGCGCCGAGUGCGGGAAGAGCUUCAGCGGGAAGAAAAGUCUGCGGAUCCACCAGCGCAGCCACGCGGCCGAGCGGCCCUACCCGUGCGCCGAGUGCGGGAAGAGCUUCAAUUGCCACUCGGGGCUGGUGCGGCACCAGAUGAUCCAUCGCGGAGAGCGGCCCUACAAAUGCUCCGAGUGCGGCAAAUGCUACAGCCGCAAGGAACACCUGCAGAACCACCAGCGGCUGCACACCGGGGAGCGCCCCUUCGCCUGCGCCCAGUGCGGCAAGAGCUUCAUCCGCAAGCAGAACCUGCUCAAGCACCAGCGCAUCCACACCGGGGAGCGCCCCUACCAGUGCCCCGCCUGCGGCCGCAGUUUCCGCUAUAAGGAAUCGCUCAAGGAUCACCAGCGGGUCCACGGCACCGAGGCGGGGCCGCCGCCGCUGCCCCAACCCGGGAUUUUGCCCCCCGGCGAUUGUAGUAAAUCCUACUGGACCAGCGCCAUCAGCCUGCGCUGUCACGCGUGUCCCCCGCGGGCACGGCGGUGUCACCUCGGGGCACUCCAGCACCUCAACACCCAUGGGUGCCGGCCUGGAGCGCUCCGAACCCGCUGGGCAGCGCCGGCCACCCGCCUCCUGUGUCCCUUCCCGCGGGGUCCACCCGGGUGCCACCCGCGUCACCGCUCACCGUCCCCCCGGGGCGGCCGCGGGCUCUCCGUGUCCGUGGUGGGCACUCUGUGUCCGUGGUGGGCACUCCGUGUCCGUGGUGGGCACUCCGUGUCUGUGGUGGAGCGGCUCCCACCGUCCCUAGCUGUUGGUGAGGAAGAGGCGUCUGUGUCGGGAAGCGGAGCCGCGCGGCCGCCCGCGACGCCGACCCCGGCCGCGGUUCCCGAAGGGGCUCCGGUUGGGCACGGCGGUGUCCGCCCAACCGGCGCUCCCGGCCGGCGGCUCGGGGAAGUUGGGCUCGGCUUUGGGCUGCUCGAGGAGCGGGCUGGGGUCGCGGUGGGGCUCGGGGGGCGGAGGAGCCGGGCUCUGGCGGGCGCCGGCGCGCUCCUGGCGCAGGUAGCGCAGCUCGUCGCGGAUGUCCGUGAGGACGCCGAGCAGGCGGAACUGCAGCUCCCGGUCGCGCGCCCGUUCCUCGCGCGGGAGCAGCCCAGCCCGCGGCCGGCGGCGGUCGGGGCGUCUCCGGGCGGGGAGGCGGAGGAUGGCAGCGACUCCUCGGUCAGGGCACCGUGCAGGGGGGAGCGGGCCGGGGGCUCCUCCUCCGCCGGAGCUUUCUCCCAGGUGGGCCCCAUCAGUACCCUGGGCAAAGCGCCCAUCUCCGGGCCCGGGCCGCCCGCCUGCUCCUCGGGAUGCGCCGAGUCGAGCCCGCGGCCCAGGGCGGGCAGGUCGGACACCCCCUCGUGCCCCCAGUCCGAGAUGAUCUCGGGCUCCGAGUCGUGGCUGGCCUGCAGGAAGGUGGAAGCCACCAUCUUCUCCAGGGGCGUGAGGCGCGGCUUGUGGAGCGGCCCCCCGGCGCGGUUCAUGGGCAGGUGCUUCUUGGAGGUGAUCUUCUUCUUGACGUCCAGCCGCAGGUCGCGCCACUUGUGCUUGAGGGCCUCGGACCCGUACAGGGCGCUGAAAUGCCGGACCACAUUCCAGACCAGCGUCUCGGUCUCGUCAUUGGAGAAGUUGGCCUUCCUCUUCCGGCCAGACGCUGGCAUCGCCUGCGAGGCUGCGGCAGAGGUGGAAGGGGCACAAUUGAACCUCGGUCCCCACUCCUCUCUGUCAGCUCCUGGGGGCAACAUGGGGCUGCGGGAGCCCGAGGGAGCCGCGGAGGAGGGAGCCGAACUCGUAGAAGGCCUGGAAGAGGUCCGGCGAGGUGGCCUGGCACUCCAGGUACCUCCUCAGCGUGGCCAGGCUCCUCCAGACCUCCCGCUCCGAGGGGCAGGGCGGCACGGCCGCCAGCUCGCCCGCCUCCUUGCCCUCCACCAUACCCUCAUCCCCAUCCGCCUCCGCCGGGUCCCCGUCGCGCUCCAGCCGCUCCCGGUUGGGCACCGAGCUCGGUGCCACGGCCUCGGUGCCCGCCUCAGGGGUGAAACCGGCGGCGCAGAAGCAGCCGGCGAUGAGGCCGGGUCGAACAUCACCCCAGGCUUGUGCCAGCAUGUGCAGCACAUCCAGCAGGCUGGGCUGCCCUGCGCCGCGCUCCGCCGGCAGCCACCGCAGCAACCGGCGCCGGUAGUGACCCUUGAGGUCGCCGGCGAUGCCGCGGUCCAUGGGCUGGGCCAGGGUGGCAGCUGGUGGGACGAAGACCAUCCUGACGUUGGACAGCUGGAGGUAAGGGUGCGCCUCGUGCUUGGCCACGAGGAGCACGACGCUCUUGCCCCGCCGCCGCAUCCCCUCGUUGAACUCCUGCAGCCACUCGGCGAAGAGCGCGGCGGUCAGGCCGGCCAUGCUGCCGGCGCGGUAACUCCACGGCAUCUGCUCCAGGUUGACGCCCCGCAGGCAGCGUGGCCGGGGGCUGUCCCCCACUGCCCGCAGCGGCACCUUCUCCGAGCCGCUGGCGUUGGCGCAGAGCAGCAGCGUCAGCCGCUCGCCGGGGUUCUCACUCUUACCGGGGGCGCCAACCAGCCGUGGCGAGCGCCCAGACGAGCCAGCCAGCCGCCGCUGGGCUCGGGAUCGGGUUGGACCAGCUGCCCAGCCCUGAGCUGCAGCAACGGGCGGCCCACGGGCAGGUCGGCGGCACGGGCACCUUCCACCCAGCGCAGCAACGCGGCCUCCAGCGCCGCGUCCUUCCCCUCCCGCUUGCGUUUGCGCUCGGGGUCGCCGUUGCGGUGCCACUCGCUCAGGAUGCGCUCCUUGUUCUUGAUGAUGCGGCAGAUUUGGGGCUGCGACACCCCGAAGCGCUUGGCCAGCUCACUCUGUGACACCUUGGGGCCUUCCAGCAUCUCCAGCACGCGCACCUUCUCGGUCAGCGACAGCUCCUUCCGCUCCUUCCGCGGCGGCGCCGCCGUCGUUCCGUCCGCCGUGCCCGGGGAGCGCCCGGUGCAGGGUCCCGGGCGGUGGGGGCUGCCCGCAGCCCCCAGCCCCGCCGGUUCGGCCCGCACCUCCCGCGCCGCCCCCCGCGCCAUGGCCGACUGGGCCCCCGCUGAGGAGCUGGAGUGCAUGAUGGAGCCCCAGGAGCUCGGCCUGGAGCAGCCGCUGCCCGCCCCCGAGCACGGCCCUCCCGGUGGCGGCGAGGCCGAGCUGCCGGCCGCCGAGAUCUCCCUGACGCUGGUCACCGAGAUCCAGGCCGUGGACAGGAAGGUGGACACGCAGGCCGCGCAGCUGAUGAACCUGGAGGGUAGGAUGAGGAUGGCGGAGACGAAGCUGAUCGGCUGCGAGAAGACGGCGGUGGAGUUCGGGAACCAGCUGGAGAGCAAGUGGACAGCGCUGGGCACCCUCAUCCAGGAGUACGGGCAGCUGCAGAAGCGCCUGGAGAACAUGGAGAACCUCCUGAAGAACAGGAACUUCUGGAUCCUGCGGCUGCCCCCGGGGGCAAAAGGGGAAGUGCCCAAGGUCCCCGUGGCCUUCAAUGACGCCUCGUUUAACUUCUCUGAGGAGGAGUGGAAGAGCCUCAACGAGUGGCAGAAGGAGCUCUACAGGCACAUCAUGAAAGGCAACUACGAGGCCGUCAUCUCCAUGGACGCUGCCAUUUCCAAGCCUGAUCUGCUGACACGGAUUGAGCAGGGGGAGGAUCCCAACGCUGAGGAUCAGGAGGACUCCGAGGGAGGAGAGACCCCCACGGACCCCAGCACUGAGUUUUUCUUCCCUGGGCCCGAUGACAGCUCAUGGGGUAAAUAUGAAGAGACUCUGGCUGAAAGCCACGAAGGCUCUGAGGAAGAGGAGAGCAUGGAGGUCCCUGGUACAUACGAACAGCCGUGCGAUGAGGAAGGCUCCGAGAGCCUGGAGCUUUCCAGGUCAUUGGCAGGAAAGUGGGAAGAAGAAGUUUUCUCCAACCCGGAGGAGGAGGUGCAAUCGAGCAGCAAGAGCCAGAGCGGGUCGGCCCCGCCGCCACAGCGAACGGCGACGGGCAACGGGCUGAGGCGCUCGGUGCGCCGCGGGAGAGACUUGGCCAAGAAGGAUCCCGAGGAGGCGGCGGCCGACAAGGGACCCUACAUCUGCUGCGAGUGCGGCCAGAGCUUCCUGGACAAGCAGCUCUUCGCCACCCACCAGAAGGCGCACGCCAGCGAGGCCUGCACGUCCCUGGAGCGCGGCGAGAGCUUCCGGCAGAAAUCCAAAGCCAAGGGCCAGGGCCCCUCGCGCUCCAAAGCGUCCAAGCGCCCCGACGGAGAGAAGAGCUCGGGAUUCAAGUACGGCUUCGUCAGGCACCAGGUGAACAACAUGGUGGAGAGGCCCUACACCUGCUCCCAGUGCAAGGAGAGCUUCAGCCUGGAAGUGAGUCUGAUCCUGCACCAGAAGCUGCACACGGGGAAGGGCGACGGGCCGCUGACGUGCACCUACUGCGGGAAGGACUUCCGAGACCUCUCCAAAGCCAUCCGCCACCAGCGCAUCCACACCGGGGAGAGGCCCUACCAGUGCACCGAGUGCGGCAAGAGCUUCAUCCGGCGGGACCACCUGCUCAAGCACUGGCGGGUGCACACCGGGGAGACCCCCUACCAGUGCCCCGUCUGCGGGAAGCACUUCCGCUACAAAGAGUCCCUGAAUUGCCACCAGAAAAUCCACUCCCGCAACCCGCGGCCCGGGGAGGAUUCCCAGCACAACCUGGGCCCGGCAGGCACCCAAAGCGACCACUUCUGCGUGAAAAAAGAGACUAAGCAGUAUGUUUCCAUUCUGAACUCCGUGUCAGCCCUUGGCGGGUACCUGCAGCUCCCUCAUCCUGCUCCUGGCUGGGAGCUUUUCCAGGGAAUUGUGGAGCAGGGCGCCACCGCCUCCGGCCGCCAUUUGCGAGCCCGCAGGGAUGGGCGGUGGGGACCCGACGGGCGGGGCCGGAAAAGCUGCCCCGGGGCCUCCACGGUGACCCGCCGGUCCCUGCCCUGCCCCGCCAUGUCCCCCCGAGCCCCCCACAAUCCCCCGGUUCCCCCCGUUCCCUCCGGUUCCCGGUGCGGGCGGUGCCGUGAGGGGGCCCCGACGGGGCGGGGCGCUGAUGCCGUCGGGCCGCCAGGGGGCGCUGCUCGGCGCGCGCCCGCCCCGCUCCGCCCCGCUCCGCGCGCGGUCCGGCGGCGGCAGCGCCCCCCGGCGGCGCGGCGGGGCAGCGGCGCGGCCGGAGCGCCGGACCCGGACCCGGACCCGGAGCCGCGCUCGGUGUCGGAGCCGCCGCCGCCGCCCCCGCCCCGCCGCCUCCGCCCGCCAGGCCCGCGCCGCCUCCGCCCCGCCCCCGCCGCGCCCCCGCCCCGCCGCGCCGCCCCGCGCCCAGCCCGAUGCCCGGCGGCGGGCGGAGGUGAAGCAGCGAGCGGGCGCUGGAUCCUCCCGGCCGCGGCCCCCGGGGCCCCGGGCACGGAACAAAGGGCCAUGGCCGAGGGGGCCCCCGCUCAGGCGCCGGAGCCGGUGCGGCCGCCGCGCUGCCCCUCGCCCCUCCGGCCGGCGGCCGGCCCCGAGCGCACCUCGGAGCGGGAGACGCAGACGGCAGAGCUGUCCCUGACCGUGGUGGCGGCCGUGCAGGCGGUGGAGCGCAAGGUGGAUUCCCAUUCCACCCGCCUGCUGGACCUGGAGGGUCGGACGGGGAUGGCGGAGAAGAAGCUGAUCGACUGUGAGAAGACGGCGGCGGAGCUGGGGAACCAGCUGGAGAGCAAGUGCACGGCGCUGGGCACCCUCAUCCAGGAGUACGGGCUGCUCCAGCGGCGCCUGGAGAACAUGGAGAACCUCCUGAAGAACAGGAACUUCUGGAUCCUGCGGCUGCCCCCGGGCAGGAAGGGGGAAGUGCCCAAGGUGCCGGUGACCUUUGAUGACGUGUCCGUCUAUUUCAAUGACAAGGAAUGGGAGAAGCUGGAGGAGUGGCAGAAGGAGCUGUACAAGAACGUGAUGAAGGGGAACUACGAGUCUCUGAUCUCCCUGGACUAUGCAAUUUCCAAACCUGGUGUUUUGUCUCAGAUCGAGCAAGGGGAGGAAUCCCGGGGCAGGAAUGAGCAGGACCUGGAGGAGAGUGAGAUCAUUACUGAUGCCACGGCAGCUGGAAUAAGGGUUGUGAUCAAAACGGAGGAGCUCCUUCCUGAAGACAGCCCCGAGAACCCCGAGCUGCACGGGAUGUCGGGGCAGUCCGAGGGCAGCUUCCAGAGCCCGGAUGAGGAGGCGGCCUGCGAGAGCCCCUACGGCUCCGUGUCCCCACCGAGGGACCUCCCGGGGACCAGCCUGGGUGACUCCUCCGAGUACGGAGCCGACUACAACGAGAUCCAGAGGGUCAUCGUUCACCACGGGAGCUGCACGGAGGAUGGGAUCGUGAUCAAGACGGAGGAGGAGGAGGAGGAGGAGGAGGAUGACCCCGACACGCUGGAGCCGUGCGCCAUGUUCUCGGGCCGGAGCGAGGCGCCGGCGUUCCCCGGCCACGAGGCCGGGCUGGGCUGCGAGGCGCAGUGCAGCUCCAAGGCGCAGCCCCGCGGCCUGGCCGCCCGCGUCAGGAAGCCAUCGGCCUGCGAGAGGGACUCCGGGGACAUGAAACCAGCCAGCGGCCAGCAGCGGAACCGGACGCGGGAGAGACCCUACAUCUGCCCCGAGUGCGGGAAGAGCUUCAUGCUCAAGAUCAACUUCAUGAUCCACCAGCGCAACCACCUCAAGGAAGGGCCCUACGAGUGCCACGAGUGCGACCUCAGCUUCCGCAACAAGCAGCAGUUCCUGCUGCACCAGCGCAGCCACACGCGCCGCGGCGUGGGGGUCCCGCGGCGCCCCGAGCACGGCCUCAAGCCCCCGGCGCGGCCCCCGCCCCCGGGGAAGCCCUACAAGUGCUCCGAGUGCGAGAGCAGCUUCAGCCACAAGUCGAGCCUCAGCAAACACCAGAUCACCCACGUCGGGGAGCGGCCCUUCACCUGCGGCGAGUGCCGGAGGAGCUUCCGCCUGCAGAUCAGCCUGCUGAUGCACCAGAGGAUCCACGCGGGCAAGAACGAGAUGGCCUUCCUGUGCCCCCAGUGCGGCAAGAACUUCACCCGGCCCUCCCACCUGCUGCGGCACCAGCGGACUCACACCGGCGAGCGGCCCUACCAGUGCAGCCAGUGCGAGAAGACCUUCAGCGAGAAGUCCAAGCUCACCAACCAUUACCGCAUCCACACGCGGGAGCGCCCGCACGCCUGCGCCGUCUGCGGGAAGGGUUUCAUCCGUAAGCACCACCUCCUGGAGCACCAGCGCAUCCACACGGGCGAGCGGCCCUACCACUGCACCGAGUGCGGCAAGAACUUCACGCAGAAGCAUCACCUCCUGGAGCACCAGCGGGCGCACACCGGCGAGCGGCCCUACCCCUGCACCGAGUGCACCAAGUGCUUCCGCUACAAGCAGUCGCUCAAGUACCACCUGAGGACGCACAUGGGAGAGUGAGGGGCUGCCGAGGCUUCCUCUCCCUCCCUCCUUCCAUCCCUCCCUCCAUCCCUCCCAUCCUCCUUGUCCUCCUUCUCCUCCACUGAUCUCUCGCACCCUCCCUCCAUCCGUCUCCCCCCACCCCGGCUCAGGGCAUGGACAUCAAGGAAGCUUUGUGUGGUAGCGCCGCUGGUCUGGUGGAGACUCGGCUGAUUGGAAAUAAAUUAAUGAAUUAAAGCAAGCAACGCGCGGCAAAAUUAAAAGAUUAUAUAUAUAUGAAAUUAACAGAAGCAGCUGAUUUAGGGGGAGUCCUCACCAACAAGCAAACAAACCACCAACAAAAGAAACCUGUACACAGGGUGUUUUGCCGGAGUAGGACUCGUAACUGCUUUUUAAAUCUACUGUUCAGUUUUUUUUAAUAAAUGUGGAGGAACUUUUUAUUUGAUAAGCAACCUUAGGAUGGCCAAGAUUUUAUUUUUGGUUUUGUUUUUUGUUUGUUUGUUUUGUUUUCUUUUGUUAACUGCUCUGUAGGCUGAUUCUGGCACAGUCACUUUUUGUCCAGGAGCUCUGUGGAGGUGCUGCCUCGUCUGGGCUGGAUGUGACAGGAGGAGCUCCAGCCGGGGGGAGGUGAGUAAUUAACAGAUGCAGCUGAUGAGGAAGUUCUGCGUGUGUCUAGAUUGGAAGCGCUGAUAGGUGCCUGCCCGGCUCGCGGGGCUGUGAUGCACUCCUGAAUUAUACAAUAGAAUAAAAUUCUAGUUGCAGUAAAA